CCCGCCCCGCUCCCCGCCUGGCUCUGAGCCCCCACCGCAGAGUCCACCCCGGCACCAUGCAUUCCCUGGAGGAGCCCCUGGACCUCAAGCUGAGCAUCUCCAAGCUGCGAGCUGCCCGGGAGAAGCGCGGUCCCUCCGGGCCCCGACCCCGCGCUCCCCAGCGCCCGGACACCCCGCCGGUCGGGGAUGGCCGGGGGGGCAGCCGAGGGGGUCGCCGUGCUGUGCCGGCCUCGCCGUCCCCCGGGCUCCUGGCACACUCCAGGCUGGUGGAGCCGCGGGAUGGGCGCUUCCCGGCUGCCGUGCCGGUGGUGGACCUCAGCCUCUCGCCCCGCUCCGGGGGGGAGUCUCCGGCUGGCAGCGCUUCGCUGUCCCCUGAGCGCCAGGGCAGCGGGGACCUGCCCGGCCCCCUCACCCCCCACGAUUUCCAGUCCCUGCGCUACAUCGACGGCCUCCCCAGCUCCUUCCAGUUCUUCCUGCCACUGGGGGCUGGGGGGGCCCUGCAUCUGCCCCCCACUGCCUUCCUACCCCCCAGCAAGGAGAAACGCCUCGCCCCUGAGCUGCCCCUGCCCAAGCAGCUCAUCUGCCGCUGGUCCAAGUGUAACCAGUUCUUUGACCUCCUGCAAGACCUUGUGGACCAUGUCAAUGACUUCCAUGUCAAACCCGAGAAGGAUGCAGGGUACUGCUGCCACUGGGAGGGCUGUGCCCGCCAUGGCAGGGGCUUCAACGCCAGGUACAAGAUGCUGAUCCACAUCCGGACGCACACCAAUGAGAAGCCACACCGCUGCCCCACCUGCAACAAGAGCUUCUCCCGCCUGGAGAACCUGAAAAUCCACAACCGCUCGCACACAGGUGAGAAGCCCUACAUCUGCCCCUACGAAGGCUGCAACAAGCGUUACUCCAACUCCAGCGACCGCUUCAAGCACACCCGCACCCACUACGUGGAGAAACCCUACUCCUGCAAGAUGCCGGGCUGCCACAAGCGCUACACUGACCCCAGCUCCCUCCGCAAGCACAUCAAAGCCCAUGGGCAUUUUGUCUCCCCCGAGCACCCAGAGAUGCUCAAGGUCCAUCCACCUCCCAAAACGCCCCUGGGCUCGCCAGAGGUGCCCUAUGUUAACGGGGCACAGCUCGUCAUCCCCAACCCCGCCGCCCUCUUCGCUCCCCCGGGGCUGCCGGCGCUGCCCAUCCCUUUGGCACCGGCACCUCUCGACCUCAGCGCCCUGGGCUGCGGGGCUGCGGGUACCCUGCCCGCCCUGCCCGGCCCCGUCCUGCCCCUCAAUGGCGGCCCCCUGAACUUGGCCAAGAGCCCGCUGCUGCCCUCGCCCUUCGCGGCGGGGCUGGGCCUCCCUGUCAUGUCGCUGCUGGCCGGCGGGGCCAAGGCCGAGGGGGAGAAGGGCAGCGGGGCUGAGGGGCGGCCUCCCAAGGCAGGCAAGGGGCCGGACACCCGGAAGGAGAGGGGAGAAAGGACGGAGCCGGGGCGGCCGCGGGUGCUCCCUGAGAGCCUGGCACUGCUGCCGGGGGCUGUGCUCGACCUCUCAGCCGGUGUCAGCUCAGGGGGCAGCCCCGAGGCGCUGCCCCCUGGCUGGGUGCUCAUCCCCCCCGGCUCCCUGCUGCUCAAACCCGCCGCAGUCAACUGAGGGGCUCGACGAUGCCCAGGGCCAGCCGCCGGCCCCGUGGGCAGAUCCCGCUCCCUGGGGACGGAGGGGCAUCGCCCCCUCCUCCCCCCUGCAGCCCCGGCGGGGCCUCGCUCGUGCUUUUAACUGUCACGAAAGAAGAACGGACUCUUCUGAGAAAAGCAAUAAUCCCUUGGCGGCCAGAGCCGGCUGCAACCCUGCGCUGGGGGCAGCUGGGGGCACAGGGGGAUCCCCCUGCCCUCUCGGGCCUGGACAGCCGGAUUCGCCGCUAUUUAUUUCUUGACCAGCCCCUUGCUCUGACGAGGCCCUGCUUGGGCUCUCCUGCUUCUGCUGACACGGCGUCUCCCUGCCCGAAGCCUUGGCGCUGCCGUGGGGGGCUGCAGCCCCCCGGGCUCCCGCUGCACAGACAGCGGGGUGACAGCUCGGGGACCACCCGCUCCUGUUGCCCUGAGCUGUGCCCGGCCGUGCCAUCCCACCCCACACGGCCGGCAUGGCCACGGGCAGUGCCGCGGCCAUGGCCCCUUGUGCUGGGCCCAGCUGGCUGGGCACACGCCGGCCUGGCACCCGCCCGCACCCUCCCACCGCCUCCCCGGCCCUCCCGUGACAAGGCACACGGCCGCGUGUGCCGCUCGCCGCGCCGGCUCCGCGCCGGGCACAGACCCCUCUAGCUACGUUCAUACCUAACCACGCACCGUGAGCGCAUGCGGGCGGCGCGGGCACGGCUCUGGGCACCGCCGGCACCGGCUGGCGGGGCACCCGCUCCUCGGGAUGCACCGGUGGGAUGCUCCCAGGUGAGCCCCCAGCCACGGGGCAGUGGUGGGGCGGGCAGCGUGCCCAGCCUCAGUGUGGGCACAGCUCAAAGCCUUUCCCGGGGGUCAUAUGUACGUCCCACUGCCGGGCAGGACCCCCACUCACGUCCCGUUCCGAACCGUGGGGGUCUCCCCAGUGCUGCCCCUCCAUGCUGAGGAGCCCUGGCCACGCGUGCCCCGCAGGGAGCCGGUCUCCCUGCUCUCACCGGUGGCUGCCCGGUGCUGCCCCAGCCCAGCAUGGCCGCGGGCCAUCGACCAGGCCACCCCGGCCGGUGUAACGUCUCCUCGCUCCUCGUCGGUUUGUUGUUGCACAUUCCAGGACAUCAGUAUUUUAACGGUCUCGAAGUGCCUUUCUAUCGUAGUUUCUGGGUUGUUUUUAUUUUCCUCCUGUUGGGCUCCAUCGCUGUUAGCGUAGCGUGUAAGGACUGCACAAGUACGAGAUAAGCUAACGACUGUAACACUAUAUUCGUCCAGGGGAGAGGAAGUUUAUUAAGAAAACAAUAAAGUUGAAGUAAGUUCCUGUUUCAA